AUGCCUCCGCGCCGCCGCUCUGCCUUCGGCUACCGCGGCGUCUGCGCGCGGCCGAGUGGCCGCUUCGACGCGGAGAUCCGCUCCGGCGAGGAGCGUAUCCGGCUCGGAACUUUCGACACCGCGCACGAGGCGGCGCGGGCCUACGACGCCGUCGCCUGGCGCCUCGGCCGCCCCCGCCGGCAAAUGAACUUCAACGAUGUUUGGACGCGCGAGCAGGCAGAGAUGCUCGCGCCGCCAUCGCCGGCCGUCACGACCGAGCAGCGGCGGCACGCCCGCGAGCUCGAGCAGGACGAGCGCCUCCGCCUCGAGUGGGCGCGCGCGUUCCCAGAGGACGUCGCCGCCAUGGAAGCCUUCUACGCUCAGAAGAAGGAGGAGAAGGCGAAAGCGGCGGCGAAGAAGAAGGCCGACCGCGAGAAGCGCCGGGCUGAGUCAGCGACGAGGAAGGCGGAGAGGGCGGAGAAGGCGGCGCGGAGGGCGAGGAGGGCGGAGGAGAAGAAGAGAGACGUCGGACCGUCGACGAACAUGCCCACCUCCUCCUCCUCCUUCGAGUGGACGACCACUCCGGUCUCCGACACGACUCCGACUAGCGGAUCGUCGGACUUCGAGUGGGAGCACUCCGAGUAG